AUGCCCUCUCGCGAUGUCGAGUACGGGGGUACCAGCGAGACGCACUCGCUGCUGGACAAGGGCCGGACAAAGGUGACGCGCUUCUUUCACGGUUUUGUCGAUUUUGCGUUUCAGGGCAACAUUCUGCAGCUUGCCUUUGGUUUGAUCCUCGCCGCCGCCUUCACCGACCUCGUCAAGUCCUUCGUCAGCGCAAUCCUCAUGCCCCCCAUCUCCGUCAUCCUCCCCAUCAACAAGAACAUUGAGGAGAAGUUUGCCGUCCUGCGCCCCGGCCCGCACUACAACGCGUCCGAGCGCAACGGCGGCUACAACACGCUGCACCAGGCGCAGGCCGACGGCGCCGUCGUCAUGGCCUACGGCUCCUUCAUCUACCAGAUGGUGUCGUUUGUCAUGGUCGGCUUCUCGCUGUACGGCCUGGCGCACGUGUAUGAGCUCGUGGGCACGGAUCCGAUCAUCAAGUAUUCCAAAAAGUGCCCGUAUUGUUUGAAGAGGAUCAAUGAAAAGUCUCGUCGGUGCGUCAACUGCAGCAGCUGGCUUGACGGCAGAGAAGACGUCGACGCCAUAAACCCAACCUCUACAUCCUUUUCCAGCCAACGCUCGUAA